AUGUCAACAGAACAACAACAACAACAACAACAGCAAGGUAACCCUCAAGAGUUGUUAAAGACUGUAGAGGACUUGGUUGAGGAACUAAAUCGAUCAAUAAUAGUAAUUGAAGAGUUCCAAAGUCAAAGCCAGCCUGUACUAUUCGAGAAGUUAGGAAAGAUUAUAACAUUAUAUAAGAAGGUUGAGAGUCAGAAGGACUUGUUUGAUAAUGUCGAGAUACCUUUAGAGAUAUUCAAAGUGAUUGAUCAGAGUAAGAACCCUGAUCUAUAUGUUAAAGAGACACUUCAGAACUGUUUAGUAGCGAACGAGCGAACAAAGGGCAAGAUUGAAUCAAUCAAGUCCUUUAGGAAUGAGUUGGAUCAACACAUGGCCAGUGCAUUCCCCGAUGAGUACAAGGUGUACUUGGAGAAGAAGCAAGAUGAUCAACCACUGCAACAACAACAACAAGAAUCACUGUAA